UAUGACGCGUCUCGCACCGGCAUCACCGUACGUUACACCGUCGUCCGCUGUACGCACAUAAUAAUAUUAUUUGUUAUUCAUUUAUUUUUUUUCAAUAAUAUAUUAUAUUUUUCCUUGUAAACAUUUCAACCGUAAUUUAACGCUCGUUUAGCCCGUUCGUCCAGAGUGUGGGGAAUUUUAUAUUUUUUUCUUUUAACUAGAUCAACAUGAUUGUCCAUCGGUGGCGCGACCGACAACACCGCAGACCGACUAAGGUUUGACCACCGUAUCCGUUCCUGUGUUCAAGCUCCUGGAGGUUCUUCUGGAUCGGUCUGGGAAUCCAUCCGGUUUGUCGACAAGACUGAUUUGACAUCACACGAUGACCUGUAAAUCCCGUUGACCCAUACGGGGCCUGUCGUCAUGAAGUGACUUGAAGUAAGUGUGCAAAUGUAAGUGGCUGAUAUUAAAUCCAUACCACUAAACUGGCGAGCUACCACCUGAACUGCGGUCCCGAAGGAUUGGACCAAGGUGCAUUGUUGGGGGGCGGCUGUGGUGUGUUACAGCAACAAUCCGCCGCCCCCGGCAUGGCCGAUGUCGUUGUCCAUAAGCGACAAGCGGUGAUCGACAGGUUGAAACGACGAAUGGAAGGGUAUAGGAGACACAACCAGGACUGCGUUCCCCGCUACAGCAAUGCGUUUGCCGAGCAACAAAACGUCCAAGAGACUCUGAUGCUCAAACAAAAGUACAUGGAAACCAAGAGCAAGAGGAACGUCAAGAAGAACGAUAAGAAACCAAUCGAAAAUGGCAACGCCAUGUCGAAAUUCGGCGUGAAGCGGCCGUCCAGCGAGGACCUGGAGGCCGGCCAGGACGGCGGCGGCCCGUACGGCAACCACGACGGCUUGCCGCCGCCGCCGAAAUGCGUGCCGCUGGCCGGCGGCAACAACAGCCAGCAGUCGUCGUCGCCGCACUCCGGUAAAAACGACAACGGCAACAACGCCAAGUUCAGCGUGAAGAUCGUCCAAGAGUUGGAGUUCAGCACCAGCGAGCACCAGCACAACGCCCAGAUCUCCACCAACCUGACGCUGACGUCGGUCAACACGUCCGUGCAGAGCGACGUGACCACCAAGCAGUCGCCGACGGCCGCCGGUGCCGGGCCCACGACGGGCGGCCCGGCCGACCCGAUGGAGUGCAAACAGGAACAACCGGACCUGAUGGACUUCCCGGGCGACGGCGACCUCAACGACUUGUCGUUCAUCAACAGCGACACCAACGAGCCAAUGUUGGCCGUGGACACGGACACGCUGACCGAGAUCAUUUCCGACCUGAACAGCGAGGGCAUCACGCCGGCCGAUUUCAACCAGGUGGGCCUGUGCGACAAACGGCCCAUCAAGACCGAGCCGGACCCGAGGUGCACGCCGCCGGUCAAGUCGCCGUUCGACCAACAGCCCCAACAACAACAACAACAACAACAAAGGGCAGGCGGCGGCGGCGGCAACGGAGGAAACGGCAACAACAACAACAACAACAACAACUAUUCCAACUGCGUGGCCGCCGAGACGCUGAAACAGCUGGCCGAACAGCACAACAACCAGCAGCAGAGGCCGGAAAAAUGCGGCUACGAUUUCCCGUACCAGUCGCCCGGCUCGGUGCCCGACUUUAUCCAUUCGCCCAGCACGCCCGUGGGCACUCCCAAUCCCGGCUACAACAUGAUGUCCCCCGUCAACUCCAUGUACCACCAGGACAAGCAGCAGCAGCAGCAGCAACAGGAGAACAACAACUACUAUCAGGAACCGCCCAAGCCCAGGAUAAAGCAACCGGCGGCGCCCGCCGCGUCCCGGCAAAAACAGCCGCUCCCGCCGCCGCAACAACAACAACAACAGCAGCAGCAGCAGCAGCCACCCCAGCAACAACCCCAACCGUCGCCGCAAUCCCGGUACAAUCAGUUCAACGGGCACGGCAGUCCGCAGUAUCCGGUCGGCGCCCGCAGGAUAACGCCGUCUCCCGGCGCGGCUUCCGGUGUGCUGUCGCCGCAGCCCAACGUCGCCAGCCCGGACGUUACCACCUUCCAAAUGUCUCAGUCCCAACAGGUGCACGUCAGCCAACAAGGCCAACAACAGGCCUUCGGUCAAGGUCCCGGCGGCAUCCAGGACCGGCUCAUAGGCCCGUCGGUCACAUCUUCGGCCGCGCCCAACUGCGGAGGGCCCAUGCAGCAGUACUACAACUCCAACUGCGGUGCCGACAACGGCGGACAACAACAGUCGUACAUGCACAUGAGCCAGUCGCAGAGCGUGACGUUCUCGCAGCAAAGGGCCCGGCUGCUGACCGCCGGAGCCAGUCCCACGAACAUAAGGCCGCCCACUAGCGUUCAACAACAGUCCAACAUGGCCAGCGAACAUCACAUGUUGCCCCAGCACAUGAACAGGACACCCAUGAACAUGAUGAACGGCCCUGGAGCUUGCAGGCCACCGCCGCCCGAGUACAAACUCAACGUGGCCCAGAACAUGGGCAUGUGCCAGACGCCGCAGUAUGCCGCCCAAGGCGGUUACAUGCCACCUGCUCGACAACCCAUGCUGCAGGCCGCCCAGACACGGCGACCCAUGCAGCAACAACCCAUACCGCCGUCGGGCCCCAUGCUCCGGUCGCAAAUGGCCAAUACUGGGGGCGGUGGAAACGCCAGUCCGAUGGCCAGCGGAUACGACCGGAUGCCAUCGGUCCAAAGGAACAUGAUGUACCCGAGCGGCGGCAACAACCUACAGCGACCGCCGAACGUAACGCCCAGCACAGAAGCGUUCAACAGCGAUUGGCAACAGUUGCUGGCCGCAAGGCAGCAGCAGCAGCAGCAGCAACAACAACAGCAACAGCAGCAUCAACAACAACAACAACAGUUCAGACCUGCGUUCACCCAGGCUUCGAUGGGCAACGUCAAUCAGCCGAGUAACGCCGGCCCGGUCAACAAUAUUGUCGGCGGAUUUGGCGGCAACAAUCCGAACAUGAAUUCAUGCCAGACCGGCGGGCCCGGCAGCGUUCACCUGAUGGCCGGACAAAUGCAACACAUGUCUGCCCGUAUGGGUAACGCACAACAAGCGAUGGCGCAGCAGCAACAGCAACACGCCAGCAUAAACAUGCAGUCGCAAAAUAAUCAAAUGUCUGUUAAUUUACAAAUGACUCAAACCAUGGGCAUAAAGAUGGGUGCGGGUGCACCGAGUCGAAUGGCCGGCGGUAACCAAGGGCAAAUGAUCGCCCAACAACAGCAUCACCAUCAACAACAACAACAGCAACAGCCUCAACCGCAGCAGCAACAUCAGUCCAUGAUACGCACGCAGCAGCAACAGUCUUUCGCCCAGCAACAGACGGCGAUAAACAACGGUAAUCCGUAUCAGCAGCAGCGUAACAUGGCGGCGGCGGCGGCUUCAAACUAUUCGGCCAGUUCGCACCAACAGUUUGCGCAAGCGAGCGCGUCGUCGAUGCAACAACCGACACCCGUGACGGGCCAAUCGGCCAUGCUCAACAACACCAACACCGGAUUACCGGCCCGCAAUACGUUUAGCCCUAGUGAUUUUAAUUUCGAUUUUCUUGAUCAGCCACUCGCUAACGACAGCAAGAACGGUUUUAACAACAAGCAACAGACCUUUGGCGAUUUCAAUUUUGACUUUCUCGAUGCCCAUUGAAUAAUGAAUUUUGAAAAAGCAUUAUUUGUUGUUAGCCAUAACGACCGAUACGUUGUUAAAUGUGGAAAUGCUGUGAUAUCGAGAAAUCGUUGGUAACGUUGACGUCGACACAUCGACUAUACGAAGUCGGUUUAAACUACUAAUAAUUAAACUUUUUUCCCGAGCGAAAAACAAAUCGUAGCGUCGUUUAAAGAUUAUAUUUUAAAUAUUUCUCUUUCGAAGAAACCGUUAAACGAUAAUCUUUAUCUGUGAUUUUGUUUUUAAUUGAAAUGCCAUAAUAUAAUUAUUUUUAACUUUUUAUUAACAAUAAUUAUCGUGUUCUCGGCAAAUGUUGUUGAAAGUUGACAAAUGGCGUUUCAUUAAUCGUAAUAUAUUAAUUUUAAAUAGCGAAUGUAUUAGAGAAAUGACGACUAAAAUUUUUAAAAAAAUGAUUCAAAUCCAACAAAUAUGUGGAAGAAAACCAUUAAUGUUUUUAUAGUAGUUAUUUAAUAUUUAGUAAAAAAAAAAAAGGUUAACGUCGGGUAUUAGACGUUUUUUGUUCCUACUUAUAA